CAGUCUCCUGCAACUGCAAGAAGAACAAGACGAGAGAGAAAAUGGCGGGCACAAAAGCAGCAGUGAUGAAGUUGGCGGUCCUCCUCCUGGCCAUGAGCCAGCUCGUCCACAUGGAGACGCCAACGGCGGAUCCAACGACUGCAUCGUCUCUGCUGGUCACGAGCGUUUCCGCCCCUGAAGUGGAAGUCCAUCCUACACCCAGCCAUGGCAUCAGGGAAGAGAAGGUCUUGCUCGAUGCUGCCAAGCCCGGCAUCCCUGUUCCGCCCCCUCCCCACCUCAUCCUGCCGUGCAAGGGAAGAGCCUGCUAGGCCUCACGGGGAUGAUCAAAUUAAAGACGACCUCCAAGUGACGAGAUGAAUAAAAAGGUCCAUAGCUUCCUCUGUAUUGCAGUGCUCUGUGCUUGGUCGUGAUGAUCGACUGAUGGAAUAAAAUAAGAGCACCCACCCUUGUUUA